CCGGUCAGUCUCAAGUCUCAAAGACUCAGACUGAUGUUUGGAGUCUCGGUCAAACUUUUUAGCUCUCAGCCUCUCACGUUCUCUCAGAGACUCAGACCUUAAUCGGUCCAUCUCUUCUCCUUCUUCUUCUUCUUCUAAAAAGGCCUUAAUUCCAGACUCAAAUACAAUCUGUGAACACUUUUAAUUCCUGAAAUUGUAAGUAUGUGUUCAAUUCAGUCAAUUGAAUUUGGGGCAAAUUUUAGGGUUAAGAAUUGAUGUCGAAUUCAAUUUGGGGCAAAUCUCAGACACAUGAGCCAAGCCUUGGGCAUAGACAAUCAUAAUUGUUUCUUCAAUCGCAUAUCAUUUAGAGUUUAGCCUAUGACAGCAUUUAGAUCAAACCUGAUCAAACAAUGUGCGAGUUUAAGAGUCUCUGAAUCCCCAAAACUGAAAGGACUCCUCUGUUUCCACCUCAACCCCCCAAGUUUCAUAGAUGCCAGCAUCAUCAAGACGGGCUUCGAUCCCAACACGUACCGCUCUAAUUUUCAGCUCAAGAACUUGUUAGAACGAGGCCAGUUAUCUCGAGCACGACAGGUGUUUGAGCAGAUGCCUCAGAAAAACACUUUCUCAGUAAACCUGAUGAUUUCCAGUUAUGUCAACUGUGGUAAUCUUUGUAAGGCUAGAGAGUUGCUUGACGGCAUGGUUGAGCGUACAGCUGUAACAUGGACAAUAUUGAUAGGUGGGUAUUCGCAAGCUGGUCAAUACCGUGAAGCAUUUAAACUUUACGCCGAGAUGCAUAGGUGGGGAACUAAGCCGGAUUAUGUGACUUUUGCAACUCUAUUAUCUGGAUGCAGCAACAUGGAUGCUACAAAGGAAGUAGUUCAGGUUCAUUCUCAUAUCCUUAAAUUGGGAUAUCAUUCUACACUCAUGGUCUGCAAUUCUCUGGUUGACUCCUACUGCAAAUCACAUUGCCUGGAUUUUGCUUUUCGGCUUUUCAAGGAAAUGCCUGAAAGAGAUGCUGUUACAUUCAAUGCAUUGAUAACAGGGUACUCGAAAGAUGGGUUGAAUGAAGGUGCUAUUAACCUCUUUGCUGAAAUGCAAAAUCUGGGUUACAAGCCUUCUGAAUUUACAUUUGCAGCAGUACUUUGUGCCGGUAUCGGUUUAGAUGACAUUGUGCUUGGGCAACAGGUUCAUGGUUUUGUGGUUAAGACUAAUUUUGUUUGGAACGUUUUUGUGGGAAAUGCAUUGCUCGAUUUCUACUCAAAGCAUGACUAUGUGGUUGAAGCAAGGAAACUUUUUGAUGAGAUGCCAGAGUUGGAUUGUAUUUCUUACAAUAUAAUCAUCUCCUCCUAUGUUUGGGAUGGGCAAUUUAAAGAGGCUCUUGAUCUUUUCCGUGAAUUGCAGCUUACCAAAUAUGACCGGAAGCAAUUCCCUUUUGCAACCAUGUUGAGCUUAGCAGCGAAUACUCUGAACAUAAAUGUGGGCCGGCAGAUACAUUCCCAGGCCAUUGUAGCAACAGCUGAUUCAGAAUCUCAGGUUGGAAAUUCUUUGGUUGACAUGUAUGGCAAAUGUGGCAGAUAUACCGAAGCCAGAAGUAUAUUUGCUAGUCUGGCUGACAGAAGUACAGUGCCAUGGACUGCACUCAUCUCAGCAUAUGUUCAGAAGGGACUCCAUGAAGAAGGCCUGGAACUGUACAAUGAGAUGCGCAGAGGAGAUGUUAGUCCCGACCAGGCCACUUUCGCAAGCAUUUUAAGAGCCUCUGCAAAUUUGGCUUCACUCUCACUAGGAAAGCAGUUACACUCAUCAGUCAUCAGAUUAGGAUUCAUUUGCAACGUUUUUCCUGCCAGUGCACUUCUAGAUAUGUAUGCAAAAUGUGGGUCCAUGAAAGAUGCUCUUCAGACUUUUCAAGAGACGCCAAAGAGAAAUAUUGUAUGUUGGAAUGCCCUGAUCUCAGCUUAUGCACAAAAUGGUGAUGGUAAAGGGACUCUUAGAUCAUUUGAAUGGAUGGUUCAGUCAGGUUUUGCACCAGAUUCUGUUAGCUUCUUGAGCGUUUUGACUGCUUGUAGUCACUGUGGGCUUGUUGAAGAAGGACUACAUUACUUCAACUCCUUGAUGCAUAACUCUAACAUUGUUCCAAAGAGAGAACACUAUGCAUCAAUGGUGGAUGUGUUGUGUCGAAGUGGGAGAUUUGAUGAAGCAGAGAAAUUAAUGGCUCGAAUGCCAUUUGAGCCCGAUGAGAUUAUGUGGUCGUCUGUACUAAACUCAUGCAGAAUUCAUAAGAAUCAAGAAUUGGCAGAGAGAGCCGCAAGCAGACUUUUCAAUAUGGCCGAGCUUAGGGACGCAGCUGCUUAUGUCAACUUGUCAAACAUUUAUGCAGAAACAGGUGAGUGGGAGAGUUUGAGGGAAGUGAAGAAGGCAAUGAGGGAGAGAGGAGUGAGAAAGGUUACAGCGUAUAGUUGGGUAGAAAUCAAACACAACAUUCAUGUAUUUACAGUGAAUGACCAUAGCCAUCCAGAGAGUGGAAAAAUUAUGUCAAAAAUUGAUGAGUUGGCGAAGGAGAUGGAAGAGGAAGGACACAAGGCUGACACAAGCUGUGCCCUUCACAAUGAAGAUGAGGAAAUAAAAGUGGAGUCUCUUAAAUAUCACAGUGAACGAUUAGCAAUUGCAUUUGCAUUGAUCAGCACACCAGAAGGUUCGCCUAUAGUGGUGAUGAAGAAUUUACGAGCUUGCACAGACUGCCAUGCUGCAAUUAAAGUGAUCACUAAGAUUGUUGGGAGGGAAAUAACAGUUAGAGACUCGAGCAGGUUCCAUCAUUUUAGAGAUGGGCUUUGCUCCUGUGGGGACUUUUGGUGACAUUUUUUCUAAACCGGGCAUUAUCAUUUAUCAUAUGUAUGUGACCUGUCAUAUUUAAAUUGCAACCCCUGUGAGUCUGUGUGCAAUAUUUAGCACAUCUUCAUGAAAAAAGGUAACACCAGUUUUGAAUCUUGAUAUGGAGUUAUUGCAUGCAACUAGCAAGCGCCUGUUCAUGACACCAAUAUUAUUAUUUGAAAAAAUAUGCCUCAGUGCUCUGCCCAUCCAGCCAUCUCUUCUCAUAGUCGAACAGGACAGACAAAUAGUGGAGAUAUGCUACUUUUCUGCAACAUAUAAUGUCCCCAGAGGAUGUUGCCCAGGUGGGAAAAGUAGCUUGCAAACUGCAGCUUCCUCAAUGGUUAAUUUUUUUUUUUCAGUUUUCCAUAUGUGAUGCCUUUUGAAGAAUUUGCUUCUUCGAAUAGAUUGCCUACUAUCACUGACGAUGGUAUCAAACAUUGGGUCGCAAUACUGAAUAGAGAAUACAGGCCAACAAGGAGUGCAGUGGGGAGUCUGCAAUCAGCAGUUAAUUUUGGUAAUUAGGAGGAUUUUAGUUGUAGCAAGUAGGAAGCCUAGCGUACAAAAUCCAAGCUUUAAGAAAUGAUAAUUGUGCAUAUGGGGAUGCUCUGUGUAAUCGAGAUUAGUUUCUACUAAUAAACUCAUUAAAGCUACAAGGGUUCACGAUUGUCAUCUCAUUUGUGAAUGUUAAAGUUUACUUUGUUACAAAUUUUGAGUAGUAAUUACAUACUGGAAACCUCCACAUACAACUCCUAGGU